AUGUCUAAGACGCGUGUUGCUCCGUUGAAAAAGUUAACGUUACCGAGGUUAGAGCUGAUGGCUGCAGUGAUUGGUUCCAGACUCUGUAAGCACCUGAAGCAGAACACCAGCAUACCACAGAUACACCUUUGGUCAGACAGUCAGAUUGUGUUGUACUGGCUCCAGACGUCCAAGACACUCCAGCGAUUCGUUCGGAACCGUGUGACUGAAAUCCACGAGCUGACCGAAAACCGAAAAUGGAGGUAUUGCCCGACGAAGGACAAUCCCGCAGAUUUACUAACCAGAGGAAUUUCGACAUCGCACUUCAAAAUUAGUAAUCUAUGGUUCCAAGGACCUAAAUGGCUCACUACACCUGACAGUUGGCCAGUUUGGCAAGAAAGAGAUACUUAUGUUACUAUGGCAACGAUUACAGAUCCAGUACCUACUAGCAAAUCGGAAUAUACAGCUUUACCAGUGAACAACAGCAGUUUUGUCGACAUGUCAAGAUUCAGCUCGUUGGCAAAGUUACUCAAAGUUACAGCUUAUGUACUGCGUUUCAUAGAUAACUGUCGAGGCGGGAGGUCCACUGGAAGUCAAGAAACUUUAACUACAGAGGAACUACACAGGGCAGAGAUGGUGUGCAUACGAAGCUGCCAGAUGUCUAAAUAUCAAGCAGAAGUGAAAGAUAUACAGACCAAGAGAUACAAACUUCCACUAUCUAGACAACUUAAAUUAUUUCUCAACAAUGGAAUUUUGAAGUGCCGUGGACGUAUCCACAAUGCACCACUAGACGAAAUGACCAAGUACCCGUACCUGCUACCAGCUAAACAUCCAUUCACCAACUUGGUUAUCAGUGACGCACACUCAAGAUUACUACAUACCGACGUUAGUUCAACUAUCACGUUCUUAAGACAGAAAUACUGGAUUCCGUCUAUCCGUCAAAAUGUGAAGGUCAUACUACGUAAAUGUACCUGUUGUAAGAAGAUUGUUGGUAAACCAUACUCAGCACCUGAUCCACCUCCACUACCAAAGAGCAGAGUUUCUGACGUCAAGCCGUUUAUCUACACAGGAGUAGAUUUCACUGGGGCAUUACUGGUUCGAGAUAACAACAGAAACGACGUUAAAGCAUACCUAUGCUUGUUUACGUGCGCUACUACGAGAGCAGUUCAUCUAGAACUAGUUCCAGAUCUAUCAGCAGAGUCAUUCCUACAAGCAUUCCGACGUUUUUGUAGCAGAAAAUCUGUUCCUCACGUUAUGAUGUCAGACAACGCUAACACCUUCUUAUCAGCAUCCAGACAGUUACAGGAUUUGGUCCAGUCUAUCUCAGUUAAAGAAGAACUCAACGACAGAGGAAUUGAGUGGAAGAUGAUACCGAAACGAGCACCUUGGUUCGGUAGAAUGUGGGAACGUCUAAUAGGUCUGACGAAAACAACGACAAAGAAAGUGUUGGGACGGUCCUAUGUCACCUACCAAACGUUACAAACUGUGAUUACGGAAAUUGAGGCGAUGAUUAACGAUAGGCCGUUGACGUAUGUCACUUCCGGCGCAUUAGAUGAACCCGAAAUACUUACACCGUCACACUUACUUUACGGCAGACGAAUCACCAAACUACCGUACGAAGAAGAUGUCCCUACAAAUCCUGUACCGAGUGACCGCCCGUCAGUUAUCAAACGGGCUACGCUACAAAGGACGAUGAUCAACCAUUUCCGGGAUAGAUGGCGUCACGAAUACUUAACCGCUUUAAGAGAACGUCAUCAGACGACAGGCAGAAAUGACCAGACGAUAUCUGUUGGAGACGUUGUGCUGGUCCACAACGAUGUUCCCCGUUUGCUUUGGAAACUUGCUGUGGUUGAAGAACUUGUUCCAGGAAAAAGAUGGACUUAUUCGAAGUGCUAA